GGGACGCGCGCGCGCUCUCACUUCUCCUUCCACCGACUGCUUCACCGUCAUUUCGGCGUCCCGGUUGAAAGUCCGCUCCUCGGGCUGUGACCAUUUUAUUUUCGCCGACGGUAUUUGGGAAUUAAUUUCACCCACCUCAGACAGCCGGGACGUGAAUUUCGGAGCGGACUCAACACCGGCUCACCUGCGCACAGUCAUGAAAAUCUCCUUUGGGUUCCUCGCCUCAAUACUGUGGUACCUGUCACCAUGGGUGAGUCUCUCAUGGGCUGCUAAGAUCAUUGUGGUCCCGCCAAUAAUGUUUGAGAGCCACCUGUACAUCUUUAAGACACUGGCAUCGGCACUGCACGCUGAAGGUCAUGAGACGGUGCUGCUGGUGUCAGAGGGGCGAGACGUGGCACCUUCGGAGCACUACCGCCUGCAACGCUAUCCAGGUAUAUUCAACAGCUCAUCAGCAGCAGAUGACUUCCUGCAGGCCAAGGUUCACAACAUCUUCUCGGGACGCCCAACACCGCUGGAGCUCUUUGACAUCCUGGAGCACUAUGCGCAGAACUGUGACAGUGUGGUGGGCAGUAGUUUGGUGAUGGCACAGCUGCAGGAGGAGCACUUUGACCUGUUACUUGUUGACCCUAAUGAAAUGUGUGGCUUUGUGCUGGCACACAUCCUGGGCGUGCCCUAUGCCGUCUUUAGCACAGGCCUGUGGUAUCCUGCGGAGGUGGGCGCACCAGCACCGCUCGCCUAUGUGCCAGAGUUCAACUCCCUGCUAACGGACCGCAUGACGCUGGUACAGCGUGUGACCAACACUGUUGUAUAUUUGGCUUCACGCAUAGGCGUGCACCUGCUUGUACUGCCCAAGUACGACCGCAUCAUGUGGCGGCAUGCUGUGCAGCCACCAGCCUCCAUGCAUGAGCUGGUGCAGGGUAGUCGUCUGUGGAUGCUGUGUACCGACUUGGCUCUAGAGUUCCCUCGGCCCACAUUGCCACAUGUCGUCUACGUUGGCGGUAUUCUCACCAAGCCACCGAGCCCUCUGCCACAGGAAUUUGCAGCCUGGGUAAAUGACACGAACGAGCACGGGUUUGUGGUGGUGUCGUUCGGCGCAGGGGUGAAGUACCUCUCUGAUGACAUCAGUUACAAGCUGGCAGGAGCGCUGAGCCGACUACCUCAGAAAGUCAUCUGGAGAUUUUCUGGAGUUCCCCCGAGGAACCUGGGCAAGAAUACAAAACUAGUGGAGUGGAUGCCACAGAAUGACCUGUUGGGACACAAAAACACGAGGGCAUUCUUGAGUCACGGCGGUCUGAACAGCAUCUACGAGGCCAUGUACCACGGCGUGCCCGUCGUCGGAGUGCCCCUCUUUGGCGAUCACUACGACACCAUGACACGAGUGCAAGCCAAAGGCAUGGGCAUCAUGCUGGAGUGGAAGAAAAUGAGCGAGGAGGAUCUUUACACAGCCAUGCUUAACGUCAUCACAGACAGCAGGUAUCGAGAGAAAGCCCUGAAAUUGUCUGAGAUCCACAAAGAUCAGCCGGGGCAUCCAGUGACACGUGCUGUUUACUGGAUCAACUACAUCCUGCGGCACCAAGGCGCCGAACACUUGCGCUCAGCCGUCUACAGUGUCCCCGUCUACCAGUACUUCCUAUUGGACGUCACCGCCAUCCUGGGGCUGGGUUUGUUUCUCAUCUGCUACUGCGUGUACUGGAUAGUACGACUCGUCCGCUCAUAUUUGAGGAGGCGCACGGCCUUGGUGGAAAAGGCCAACGGGCACUGUCACAACGGCAUCGCGAACGGCAAGCACAAACGCAACGGUCAAGUCAAGAGUCUUGACAAGAAGCUCAAAUAACAGACCUAGGCAAAAAAAUAAAAAUAAAUAAUAGACGCUGAAGCUAUACUAAAGAGGAAAAACUAACGACAUGCCAUGUGCGACAGGAAAUAAACACACAAGUGAACAGACCAGCAAAUAAACAAAAUAAGAUGAAGGCAUGAGCUGAACGCCAAAUGGAACAGGAGGGGAGAAAAAACAAAAUUUGGAUUGCUCUUCUUUGUUGAUUAGAAUCUGAUUUCUUCACUCGUCCAUUUGGAUACAGUGAACGUUGGUGUGUGAGUGGGAAUAUCGACUCCAUCCUUGUAGGAAAAGAGUGACAGGUUUUGUUUUUUGUUUUUUAUCUCUGAUGUUAGAAAAAAAUUUUAUGAAAUAGUUUCCCUCCUGACCAUGUCUCAAGUUUCAGGUGUCUGUAUGGAAUAACUAUUUAUUUUUCAGCUAAUUUUUGGAAGUCUUUUCUUGCUUAUCUAUACUGAAGGUGCUCACGUCCCCUAAAUAUGAUUUGUUUUUCAGCUUGUUAGACAUCCUAAACAUACUAGUUGUUGCUAGUGUGAUGAGAGUGAUGGCGGGACUUAAAGAAAAAAAACUCCACCCUGAAUGACUUUAAUAUCAGUAAUUAUAUACUGAAUGUGAUCUUUAAUGGUGCAAAAGAUUUGUCUCAUGAUUUUAAUUUUGGUUGAAAAUUCAAUUCUUCAUCACAAUGGCCUGUUUUCACGUCAGUUUUCACAGAAUCCAGCAGUGCCGAUAGCGAUGCCUCAAUACUUAAAAAGGGUGAUGCAGCGGCGCUUUAGUCCAGUGCUCUGACAAACAGAUUUUUAUGCUAAUACUGCCAUUGUAACUGCUAAACACAGUUGUACCAGCACCAGCAACAUCCCCCGUGCCAUCAGCGCACAUGAAAAAUACAGCACUAGCUGACAAAUCGGCAGUAGAUUCACUAAACACGUGCAGGUAUUUCAAUAUAAACAUUGAAUGUUUUUCAGGGUGGAGUUUUCCUUUAGCGCUGAUGAUGCAGUGUGAUUUAGAGAAACUGUGCUGCUCCUAACAGGUAAUACUAGUUCGCCAUAGAGCAAGCCCACCUGCUUUUUUUUUUUUUCCCCUAUUAGGAUCUUUAAAGCUUUGUUUAAAUUAAAUUCUUUAAAGCGUAGAUAUCUGUUUGAAGGGUGUUUUCAAAUGAUAGGCAACAUUAAUAGAUUAAAAUGAUCCCAAUGUUAUGGCUCUUCUCUUAAAUACAACAGAAAAACACUUCUUUUAAUCUUCUGCUACCAUCUUUCUUGUAUUCAUACUCCCUUUCAUUCUGCCUUCAGGCACUUAACUUGUGUGUGUGUGUGUGCGUGUGUGUGUGUGUGUGUGUGUGUGUGUGUGUGUGUGAGAGUGAAACAGGUUUGAUUGUUGAUGUGUAGUAUAAACAAAGCGCUGAUGUAUGUCCAAUAGCUUCUCACAGAGUGAGUGUCUUAUGAGGCCUUGUAUCGUAAAUCUUUGGGACUGUAGUUGAUAUUACGUGACGCACCACGCCCCGCCUCGCCUCUUUGGAGCCAGGUUUUUUUGUUUGUUUGUUUUUUUGAGCUGUGAUCAUUUAGGGUUGGUCCCUUUAGCUCUGCUGCUUGAAAAGUUCCGAGAACAUUUCACACAAAUCAGAAUGAUUUGUACUAUCCAUGUGUUCGCUCAUGCAACAGGCUACAAUUCGAAACAAAUUUUUAUUUCUGUCGAUACAGUAUAAUUCAGAAAAAAUAUCACAGAUCUUCGAUCUCAAGUCGAAAUUAUGACUAAAGAUUAUAAUAAUAAGAUUGAGCGUGUUUGGAGUUUAUGGAUUGUGUGAAAUCCUGUCAUACCUUCGAAUACUUUCGCAGUGAAAAACAUGACUGACAUCUCAAUCCAGUGAUUGUGUCAGAUAACACAAAACCAAACAAUACAAAUGUGUAAAUAAUUCACAGAAAUGCAAGAGUUCAGCCAUUUUGUCUGUGAGCUUUAGGCAUUUUACCAGCCAAGCACUGUUUAUAAUUACUUCCAUACUUGAAUAUUGUACUGUACAUGGCUGCGAAAUGGCUGCAAAUGCAAAUAAGCUAUGACUGGAGAAAUGGCUACACACAGAAAAUUCUUUAAUCCAUUUAACCAUCACUUUCUGCUCAUGUUUUUGGACAUAAUUACAGUAUUAAUAGUUGCCUAGUAGUGGAAGAAAUAACUUUAGUUGCUUAAUGCAGUGGAAAAUGAGCGUACAUGAGCAGCUAUACAAAGUGUGUGUGUGUGGGGGUGUGUCCAGCGCGAUCUUUAUGCCGCUAAUUUUAAACAUGCUCCAGGGAAAAAUUCCCGUUUCAUUUCUCAACCCUUUCUUUCCUUUGACUGUCAGAUUCCAUCGACUUAGUUUAUGCCUGCUUACACUUUUUUUUUUUAUUAAGUAAUGAUUUAAAUAUUUUAAAGUGUCUAUCGUGUGUCUGUUGUAAAUAUAGUAUGUAAACAAAAAUACUAAUGUUAAAUAAACAUUAAAUAUUUUGUUUGCCUAAAA